AUCAUAUCUCUCAUCUCUAAUCUUUACAAUGCAAUGUUAAUUAUUAACUCAAAACAGCAGUGAGACAAAUUCUACUGUCACUGGCUUGCUGUAAACCCAGAAUAAUUCUGCUUGAGCAGGUGACUUUCCUCCUGUGCUCUCAAGAUUGCAAUGCUAGCAGAUAAAUAACAAGCACAGCAGAAGGUGUCAGCAACUUUAGGCCAGGUUGAGAUCUUCGUACGUGAAGCCUGGUUGGGCCUGUUACCAGCUGCUUGGCACACAUGAAGUUAUCACAUUCCUCUCCAUAACACUCCUCCCAAGUGGACUUAGGUAACUGAUAACAGCAAUGCCAUCGUGUGCUACUCAGGAGGAGAAUCUUGCUGCUCCAAUAAUGUUACAAAGGUGACAUUUCUGAAGCUGGUUGGCUGAUGCUCUGUGGACAGCUCAGGAGCAUGCCCUAUAUAUUGCAAGAGAUGAAAGGGUCCAGCUUCUUUCUCCGUUGUAAAAAUGGGCUCCACCAUCUUCCCACUCUGCCUCGUGCUGCUUUUGUGCUGUGUUUCUGGUACUCCAGUCUCUGUAAAACAUUUUCCCUCUCUUGCAGCAGCAGAUGUUGACUCUGGUGAGAUAAUCAAAGACAUUCCAGACAUAAACUUAGCUGCUGGACUGGAUCUCUUUCAAGGUGAUAUCUUGCUCCCUAACAACCAGCGAAAUGCCUUAAGAAAUGAGACCUACAGAUGGAAAUUCCCCAUUCCCUACAUCUUGGGGGAUAACCUAGACCUGAAUGCCAAAGGAGUAAUUCUCCAGGCGUUUGAAAUGUACCGCCUCAAGUCUUGCAUUGAUUUCAAGCCAUAUGAAGGGGAGGCAAGCUACAUAUUCUUCAUAAAAGCAAGUGGGUGCUGGUCCAUGGUGGGGGACCAGCAGACUGGACAGAACCUCUCUAUUGGGGAAGGAUGUGACUACACAGCAAUUGUGGAACAUGAAAUCCUGCAUGCUUUAGGAUUUUACCAUGAGCAGUCAAGGAUGGACCGGGAUGACUACGUGACAAUCUGGUGGGAUGAAAUUAUUGCAGGCAGAGAGCACAAUUUUGUGAAGUAUGAGGACAGCUUCAUCACCGAUCUGAACACCCCCUAUGACUACGAAUCGGUGAUGCACUACCGACCGUUCUCAUUCAACAAAAACUCAAGCGUCCCCACGAUCACAGCGAAGAUCCCCGAGUUCAAUGACAUAAUUGGGCAGCGUCUAGACUUCAGUGCCAUUGAUCUGGAAAGGCUGAAUCGCAUGUACAACUGCACUUCAACUCACACUUUUUUGGACCAGUGUUCUUUUGAGCUUGAAAAUAUCUGCGGCAUGAUUCAGGGCACCACUGAUGACCUGGACUGGGUCCAUCAGAGCAGCGCCACAGGGCAGGAGGACCACACAAUUUCUGGGCGCUGUAGAGAUGCUGGCUAUUUCAUGUACUUCAGCACCAGCUCUGGCAAUGCAGAUGAGGCAGCAGUUCUAGAAUCUCGAAUCCUUUAUCCAAAGAGAACUGAGCAGUGCCUCCAGUUCUUCUACAAAACCACAGGGAGCCCUUCUGACAAGCUGAUCAUAUGGCUUAAAGAAGAUGAUGGCACUGGAAAUGUUCGCAAGACCAGGAAAAUUCAAACCUUUCAAGCUGAUAACGACCAUGACUGGAAAAUUGCCCAUGUAACCCUCAAAGCUCAGAAGAAGUUCCGUUACCUCUUCCAAGGACUAAAGGGCAACCCCAGCUCUUCAUCUGGUGGGAUUGCUCUUGAUGAUGUCACACUGACAGAAACUCCCUGCCCCACAGCUGUGUGGGUCAUUCGGAACUUCAGCCAAAUUCUCAGUGACACAUCAAGUGGUACUAUUCAAAGCCCUCGCUUUUACAGCCCUGAGGGUUAUGGCUUUGGCAUAACUUUGGUGCCUCAUGCCAGCGUGAGUGGCUACUCUCGCAUCGCCUUUCACCUGUGCAGUGGAGAGAAUGAUGCUGUUCUGGAGUGGCCAGCUUUGAACCACCAAGCUACACUCACGGUGCUGGACCAGGACCCUGAUGUCUUGAAAAGAAUGUCCUCAAGGAAAAGCUUCACCACAAGUAAAGACCAUGUUACUUCAGAUAACAGAACUUCAAUGUGGGAGAAGCCAUCAGUCACUGGAACAUUUGAUGCCUCGUGCAAUUGCUACAGAAGUGCAUCAUUGGGCUGGAAUAACUUCAUAUCCCACAGUCAGCUGAGACGGAGGAACUUCCUGAAGAAUGAUGAUCUCAUCAUUUUUGCAGAAUUUCAUGAUCUGACUUACCUCAAUAAAACUGAAGUGCCUGUUAAAGCUAAACAAUCUGUGUUCAUGGAAGGCCUUGUUCUUGAAAGGCAGAAGAGAGCAGCCCAGGAUAUAGAGCCUCCUCAAGACCAGCUGCCCUAUCUGCAAGACCCAUGUGACCCAAACCCAUGCCAGAAUGAUGGAGUCUGUGUCAAUGUGAGAGGGAGAGCAAGCUGCAGGUGCCCAUCAGGACAAGCCUUCUUCUUUACAGGUGACAAGUGUCAGUCAAUGCAGAUCCAUGGGAGCAUCCUGGGAAUCACAGUUGGUGGAAUUGCUGGAACCAUUGUCUUAACCAUCACCCUCAUUUCCAUGAUGUCCAGAAGAUAAAGAACUGAAAGGGAAAAUAUCUCAGCCUGGUAUUUUUCUAUAGUUCAUAAGACAUCAGUUUCCAACGAAACAUGAUUAAUAAUAUGACUUACAGAAGACCUAUCAGUGUGUGGAUGCAGUGUCAACAUCUUGGCAGCAAUCUGCUUAUUCUGUAGAACAUGGCAGUUCAAGAACCUGCAGAACUGCUGUCUAAUGAAAGUCCAUACCCUGCCUUUCUUUUGUGUUGGUUGAAUGCUUUGUUUCUUCAUAGAACACCAAACAGUAGUGCGGAGAGUCCACCAGUUUACUCUCAACCACUGCCCAAACUUAGAUUAAGUAGCUGGUAGGACCUAUCAAAACACUGGCAAAAGUCACACAGAAGCACAUCUUUUAGAUAUUCACCUAUUCUAGAUUCUAGAAAACAUCUUACAGAACUCAUUCAAGAAAUCUAAAGAGUACAAGCCCAGAGUUGUGUAAAUCAGUACUCAUUUCUCACAGAGCUGGGUUGGUUUAGAGAAGCCAAUUAGCUGUUACACAGAAUUCAUGGCAAACUACUGAUACAGUUUUUUUUGGCCAGUAAUCUGAAAGGGAAAUAAUGUCACAUUGAAGCU